ACCAUCGCCGCCUACACGCCCUUGGCGCGCGCAGCGCGUGCACACACCGUCACCGUGGAGUACGGCGGGCAGCCCGUGCCGCACUUCCCCAGCACCCGUCUUGGCGUGGAGCGGCACCGGGCCGUGGAAUCUGGCGGCAUCAAGGUGUACGGGCCCGGCGUGGAGGGGAAGGGCCGUGGCGGAGUUCGGUGGGCGCCAGCGCCCGUGUCCAAGGCCGGCGGUCCCCUGGUCAAGGCCUUGGUGUCCAACCCCUCCGGAAACGUCACCGAGACCUUCGUGGAGGACCGGGGUGAUGGCACCUACCACGUGGAGUACACGCCCUACGAGGAGGGCCUGCACAAGGUGGACGUGACCUCGGGGGGCCCGGUGCCGCUGAGCCCGUUCCGUGUCCCCGUCACCGAGGGCUGCGACCCCAGCCGGGUGCGGGUGCACGGCCCCGGCAUCCAGAGCGGCACCACCAACCAGCCCAACAAAUUCACCGUGGAGACCCGGGGGGCCGGCACGGGAGGGCUGGGCCUGGCCGUGGAAGGUCCCUCGGAAGCCAAAAUGUCCUGCACGGACAACAAGGGCCCCAGCUGCUCCAAAUGGAGUACGCCCCCCCCCCAAGCCCCUUUCACCUACAGCCUCAACGUCACCCAAACCCCAAAUCACCAGGUCCCCG